AUAUAUAUAAUCUCCCACUGAUACACGUUGCAUGCAUUUUAUUAAGAAAGUUAUUUGGUUUAGCGGCAGAUAAUUAUAAAGCAACACGUUUAGUCUGAUUGCUCAUGAAACCUUUUUUUUUUUUUAAAUUGAUGUUUCACAUGGAAACACCUUUUCCCUUUCCACAGCCAGUAAUGAGUCACCGGGACAAAAAUCCAGUUUUGCCAGAAAGUUCGCGCUACUUUUGGGCGCAUCGCCUCUUCAGUGACAGAAGGCAGGACCGUCGGCUGCUGUUCACAUCCUGGUUGUCAACGGAUCAUCUGUAGCAGAGACAGACAUGUUCAGCGGCACCUCUGGUAAAUUAAACUCAUCUGUGUACUUUUUUAGGAUAUAUCUCUUAAAAAACUAGAUAUUGACUUUCUACGGAUGCAUUCUCAGAUCAGCACCCUUCAGGCUAUGACCUGGGCCCCAAACCGGGGGACAAGCCCUCGCACGGAGGCGAUGGGGGUCAUGGACAAGAUGGCUGCCGUGGGGGAGACAACAGAGAUCAUGGGGUCAAGGGAAAGGGCAUGUCCGACAUAGAUCUGGAUCUUGCUCAACGACAACCGCUGUCAACAGCAAUGAGCAACAAAUCUGGUUCUGGUGGCUAAUUUUUGCUUCAAAACCUGAUCUGAUGGGGCUGGAUGAGAAUGUUAUUGUGCUACAAGGCGUUGGCCUAUCAGCGAAGCUUUUCAAGUUUAAAAUAGCAUCUCAGUGCUAAACAUGUUGCUAACUCUAAUGUCCACAAGCCACAUUUCUAAAAACGCUGCACAAAUGGUCAGGGCUUCCUGAAACACUGGGAAUCUGAUGGUUCAAUAACCUGAAUAAAAGAGGGAAAACGAUAAAUAUGUCUGUUUAUUCAAUAAUUUAACAGCAAACGGGUUUGAAUUAAAAUUUUUUGUAAACAUGGAUUCCAAUGACUUGAUCUGAAUUGAGUUCCUCCUCUUUUAAAGUGUUUGUGUUUGAACUUUAAGCCAAUCAGGAUGUGACAUUCAAACAUCGAUACGCAUCAUGAUGGGAACAGAAACUAGUUCUGUUCAUCCUGUCAUGGAAACAACACAAAUAGGAGGAAUGGAAAACUAACCUUUAUUUUAAUUUGUCUUACAGGCUGAUCGCGCUCCGACCAAAGAAGAAAUCAGGAAAUAUUAAAUUUUUCAGAUGCUCCUCUUCCUCUCCCUCGCCGCCGCCGUCCUGUCUGCGGGCCGCGCCAUGGAGAUGAACCAGACCUCCAAGCUGCUGGCGGAGAGUUUGGAGCAGUGCUCAGCCUGCGACUUCCGGGAGCACAGCAAGCAGCUGCGGCUCCACAGCAUCCGCUCGCAGAUCCUCAGCAUCCUGCGGCUGGAGCAGGCGCCCAACAUCAGCCGGGACAUGAUCCGCCAGCUCAUCCCCAAGGCGCCGCCUCUGACCCAGCUGCUGGACCAGUACGACCCGCGGGUGGAGGACGAGGAGCACGCUACGACCGAGACCAUCAUCACCAUGGCAACGAAGCCCAAUCCCGUCCCUGCAGAGCAGCUUUCCUCCUGCUGCCUGUUCAGCCUCAGUCCCAAGAUCCAGCCUAAGAACAUCCUGAGCGCCCAGCUGUGGGUUCACCUGCGGCCGUCCCUCGCCGUCACCACCGUCUUCCUGCAGGUGUCGCGCCUCCGGCCGGCCAGGGAGGGAAACGGCACGCGGGUCCGGGUCCGCUCCCUGAAGGUGGACACGGAGGCCGGAGCCGGCUCCUGGCAGAGCGUCGACAUCAAGUCCCUGCUGCAGGCCUGGCUGCGGCAGCCGGAGAGCAGCUACGGCCUGGAGAUCAACGCCUUCAGCAACAGGGGAGAAGACCUGGCCGUCACAUCAGCAGAGCCUGGAGAGGAGGGACUGCAACCGUUCAUCGAAGUGAAGAUUCUGGACAGCUCCAAGCGUUCCCGGCGAGACUCCGGACUGGACUGCGACGAGGAAUCCUCAGAGACCCGCUGCUGCCGCUACCCGCUCACCGUCGACUUCGAGGAGUUUGGCUGGGACUGGAUCAUCGCUCCCAAACGUUACCGCGCCAACUACUGCUCAGGGGAGUGCGAGUUCCUCCACCUGCAGCAGUAUCCGCACGCACACCUGGUGAACAAGGCCAACCCGCGGGGCUCCGCCGGGCCCUGCUGCACACCCACCAAGAUGUCGCCCAUCAACAUGCUUUACUUCAACCGCAAGGAGCAGAUCAUCUACGGGAAGAUCCCGUCCAUGGUGGUGGACAACUGUGGCUGUUUGUGAAGACGAAGGUUCAUUUACCUGUUUAUGAACGAAGCGUCUGAAGGAAUGGCCGUCAUCCUGAAGACCGCCAGAAACCGUUCUCCAAACAAAACACCGUAGCUUCAAUAAAAUAACAUUUAAAGCAGAUCAAAUAUUUACAACUUCUAGUUAGGGUAGAAAAAAAGAAGUAAAUUUCUGCCAAAAACUCAGAAAUGUUCAGAUUAAUCUCUUGUUAAUCUCUGAGCUCCAAAACUAAAACAUUUGCAAGAAAAACUGAGAAUUUUUGAGAUCAAUCUCAGGGGAAACACGAUAUUAUUGCUGAGAUCCAAAAGUUUUUUCUAGAAACAAACUGGAAAUGUCUGAGCUCCAAAAGUAAAAUUAUGAGAAAGUAACUCAA